AUGGAACCGCUUAGAUAUGAAUGUUCUCAGUAUCCCAGUAGACUAAGGUGCCCAAGUAUUGCUCUUGUAUGCGAGGUUCUCAGGUGCCCACCGUCCAACUGCGUCCAGUACUACACGGGCGUCAGCGGUCAGGUCAUGUCCUACAAUUACGGCCUGACCGACGGACUCGAGCUGGCCAACCAGGACUACACCAUCUGCAUACGGACGGAGAGGAACUUCUGCGGGAUUCAGUACGAGGCUUGUGCAGACACCGGUAAUGAACACCAACCCCAAUCCUUCACCCUGUCCGGCCGCCCCACGAGCACCGCCGGGAGCCUCGCAGGAGCGACAUCCUGCACCAAGGACUGGCUGACGAUUCCCUGCGUGACAGACAGCGCCACCACGCCCGUCACCUCCUGUCAGGAUCGGCUCUGCGGGGACAGCUUCAACGUGGUGGAGUCCAGGACGGCGGGGAACGUGGUCGUCUACUCAUUUGUCUCAUUGAAUUUUAUUUUUCUUCCAGCCUACGUGAAGCCGUUUGUGCUGAUCUACCACACGGACGCGACAGAGGGGAGCGCCGUGCCCUCUGAGGAGAGCAAUAGGGGCUUCUGUCUGAAUUACGUGCAGCAGCCUUGUGUGUGA